CAGCUGCUUUUUCAGGACCUCUGGGCUCCAUUGGCAUCGCUGUUGACGCGCUAGGGCUGUGUUUAUUAUAUCCAUUUGUCUGGAGCUUCAGGCAUUCGAAUCCAUACAAUUCAGACGUCACCCCCUCUUCCUUGACCGGCCUUCCCUUCAUCCUGUUCACUUGGCUCUUCCCAAUACGGCUUCCCAACCAACGCGCCUCUUGCUGCAACAUCAAGUCACUCACUCAACCACGCCUCUCGCUUCUCCACACCCGCUGCGACUCUCAUCCACUACCAUCCUUAAGCCUGCAAGCUGGCCAAUUACGCGACUCCGCCAGUCUCGCCCUUGGGGUAUCGGGCACUUGAAUCGCCCUUCGGUCUACAGCUCAAAGAUCGCCUGGGUGGGAUGGACCAUGAUCGUCGGCCGCGGCAGAGUCCCUCAGGUUAUGCGACUCAGCAAGGCACGCUCCUUCCCCCACAGUCAACAUAUCCUGCUGUGGUAAGCGCAUCCGACCGCUUCAGGCAAGCGCCUUUGACUACACCUGCUCAGCCCACGUCCGCCCCGUCUUCUGGAAGUCGCGCAAGCUCUCAGGCCUAUGGCUACGCGUAUGGGGAAGGCCCACAAUUCGUCGGAUCGUCGAUUCAACCCCCAGGCGUCUCGUAUGGCGCACAAGACUACGGUGCCGAUCAGCAACAGCAGGCGCAGCGUGCGCCGCAGCAGUACUCGCCGUACGGUCAGAACAUCAUGUACAGCGUGCCUAGUGCGCAAGGCUCAGCAACUGCACCAUCCCAGUAUGAGCCUGUGGAACAGUAUCAACAAGACAGGGACUCGGCCAUACAAGUCCUGAGCACCGGCUUUGGCGUCGCACAACCGCAAUAUUACAAUGUGGCAGGCGAAAGUGGUCCCACGAGUGCACCUGCUCCUUCUAUUGCAGCCCAGAACGUUCCUUCGCAGUAUCCUUCGCUAGGAUAUACAACACCGCAAGCCCCUGUCGGACGAGAACCGCUCGCGCCCAGCUACUCUGCCCCCGGCAUGACAGAUCCACACCAGGCGCCUGCCCAAGCGGGCUAUUCUCAGGCCAGCUAUAGCAGCGAGCAGCAGAGUAGUGGCAAUGAAUACGACGACUUCUACAACAACUAUCAAUCAGAGCUCAAGAAGACUUUCGAACAGGUGCGUGAUGGUCGGAUCAGCGAAGCUGGCGCACAGCUCUACAGGUUAUCUGAAUGGCUGCUACAUUGGGCCGAGACACUAGUUCGCGACGACGAGGCGCACUACUCUCAGCGGCUCAAGCUGUGGGAGGAAUUCAACACUUGUUGGUUGGCGACAUUGCAGAAGCAGAAGGCGUUGACUCAGGACAUGAUCAGAACUGGUCAGCGACCGCAGCCGCCACAGACGCUGAUCGACUACGACUUCCUUGAGAAGAUGGGUACUCAACUCGUCAAGAACUGCGACACUAUGGAGAAGCAUGGGUUGGUCGACUACCAAAUGGGUGUAUGGGAAGAAGAGAUUGUUGCGAUGUUGACAUCCUGCCUCGAUCUUCUCGAAGAAGUCGGCGCUGGCUCUUCCUCACAACGACCCACAUCAACAGCACGAAGACGAUGAUUGCAUUUGUCUGACGACGGCGACGACGACGAUCUGUUCGGUACCCCAAUACAUCAACACCGUCCUGAUUGCGCAUCAAUCUCACCCGAGUAGACUACUCUAUCUUAGUCUCGCAUGCGCCCACAAUCACCGAAACGAUAUUAAGCUCCGAGCGUCUUGUGGACAC